UGACCCGGAAGCAUUCGCCCGCCCGCUCGUAUCUCUGCGCAGGCGCUCACCAUUUCCUCUCUCUGCCUUCACGCGUCGCAGUGGCAGCAGGUCCGGCCUUGACAUGCAGAACGACGCCGGCGAGUUCGUGGACCUGUACGUGCCUAGGAAAUGCUCCGCCAGCAACCGCAUCAUCGGUGCUAAGGACCACGCAUCUAUCCAGAUGAACGUGGCUGAGGUUGACAAGGUUACCGGUAGAUUUAAUGGCCAGUUUAAAACCUAUGCCAUCUGUGGGGCCAUUCGCAGGAUGGGCGAAUCAGAUGAUUCCAUUCUCCGAUUGGCCAAGGCUGAUGGCAUCGUUUCAAAGAAUUUCUGACUGGAGAGAAUCAGGGAUGUGGAAUGUAGGACAUAAAUAAAUAGUGAAACCC